AUGCGUGCGGCUGGCUGUGGAGGUACGGGUGUCGCGGCCCUCACUACUAAAUUAUCCCGUUCCAUCUCACAACACCAACCAAAGUCCAUGCCUCAAGCCAGCGUGAAUUCGGAGCAGAACCCGAGCGUUCCCAAUUCGCCCAGCGCUCACAAGCCUGCCAGAAGCCAGCUGGCGCAAUCGGCGCCACUGCGCGCCAAGUGGUUUGUGCGCUUUUUCCGGUCGGUUUUUGGCUACAGAAAGACAUCCUUGACGUUUUUGGUGGCGCUAGUUUUCGCGGCCACGCUUCUCUUGUCGUGGGCCGACUCGCUGUUGGAUUUCUCGGUGGACAUGCCCACUUCCAAGCACGAACAGGCUGUUUUGCUGCGUCUGUGGGAGUCGCUCCAGAAGAUUGCUAGAACAAAGCACACAUACACGUCGGAGGGCAACGACGAGGUGCACGCGUACCUCGAGGCGCACAUUGCGCUGCUUGUGGCCAAGAAACCGUACAUGGAGCUCGACACCGACAAAAACGGCACGCGCCGCGUGAUGUUCGACGUCAAGUACUUGUCGUAUGACUCUGUCUCCUACUACGAGAGCAACAACUUGGUUGUUCGUGUCAACGGCUCCGACCUGUCCUUGCCAGCGCUCUUGGUGAGCGCACACUACGACUCUGUCCCCACAUCUUACGGUGUGACAGACGAUGGCAUGGGUGUGGCUUCUAUGCUUGGCUUGCUUGAACACUAUUCUUCCGUGGCGCAACCAAAGCGUACCAUCAUCUUUAACUUCAACAACAACGAGGAGUUUGGCUUGUACGGCGCCCAGGCGUUUUUGGCCCAUCCGUGGUUCUCCCAAAUUGCCUACUUUUUGAAUUUGGAAGGCACGGGCGCCGGCGGAAAAGCCAUCUUGUUCCGAGGCACAGACUACGGCAUUGUGCGCCAUUUUUCCUCGGUGCGCUUCCCCUUUGCGUCCUCCUUGUUCCAGCAAGGAUUCAAUAAUAGGCUUAUUCACAGCGAAACAGACUACUCGGUUUACAUCAAGGCUGGGCUUCGUGGUCUCGAUUUGGCCUUCUAUAAACCCAGAGACAUUUACCACACCACACGUGACAGCAUCCAGAACACCAACAUCAAGUCCUUAUGGCACAUGUUGUCUUCUUCUUUGGACUUUGUUGAGCACGUUUCAUCUCAGACCAUUGACUUGGACGAAGAGGUGCACGCAGAGGCAGGCAAAAGAGACCUUGCGCUAUACACGUCAUUCUGGAACCACUUUGUCGUGUUUUCUGUUUCACAGGUUGUCUCGGCAAAUAUUGCUUUGUUGGUCGUUGUGCCUGUGGCUUCUUUGCUUCUUUUGUUCAUCAUUUUCCGCUGCAAUAAGGGCUGGGGUUUCAACUUUGUCAAUGCGAUCAAGUACCCCCUCUCUUUGGUGGCUUCUGUUCUUGUUUUAACUUUUGUCUCUCAAGUGAUUAUUGUCCCAUCCAACCCAUUCUUGGUCAAUAGUUCCAUUGGGCUUCUUGUGGCAACGUUGUUCUCGUUAUUUUUGCUUUUGAAUUACAUUGUCUUGAACGGACUCAAUCUUGUGUUCAAGUCAUUCAAGGGCCAUCAACACGACGAAAAGUUGAUUGUCAUGUGCGAGUCCUCUUUUCUUACAUGGAUCCUCUUGUUGUGGUCUACGGUUAAGCUCUCACACAACAAAUUUGGCGACGAUCACACAGGUGAGCUUUUCAUUCCCAUUUUGUUUCUGCUCCAAGCUGUGGCAUGUUUCCUCGGCUUUUUAGGAUGGUGUUUCAAACCUUCAAAGAAAGUGAAAGUUUCCCGUGAAGAACAUCAGCCUUUGUUGAGCUCUAAUGGGCUGAAUUACGGCACCCAAGACGACGAUGAUUCUCUUGCGCCCUCUUCGUCCCUUUCCUUGCAGUCUGGUUUUAGCGAGAAUUGUGAGGUUCAUGAGACAAAAUCUUUCAGUUACGAUUGGUUAGUACAAUUUCUCGUUAUUGUUCCUAUUUCGUCAUUGAUCAUUUUCAAUUCUGGAUCGCUCAUAUUAAACGGUCUCAACAAAUCUAUACAAGAGUCUUUAUCUGCACAAAACCUUAUUUACAAAUUCAUCCAGAUCUUUGUUAUUGUGUGGUCCAUUCCAUUUUUGCCAUUCAUUUUUAAGUUGAACAGAAUUAUCGUUUUGGCAUUAUCUCUUGUUUUGUUGUACGGAUUCUUCGCUGUCAAUAUUACUGAUGCUUUUAAUGAUGCAAACCCAUUAAAGUUGCGUUUCUUGGAGACCAUCUCAAUGGACACGUCGCCUCCAACCAAUCUUGUCACCGUUAGUGCUAGGCUGAUGGAUGUGGUCAAGGAUAUUUUGGAAGAUAUGCCAUCGCUCAAAGACUCCAAGACAGAAUUGAGUAUCGAUUCACUCGGCGACGGUAUGCUGCUCUAUUCAUACGAGACUCCAUUGAUUCCACAUCUUGUCCCUGGUGUGAAGAACUUGACAGAUUACUUGUCUAUUGACGUUUUGAAGGAUUCUUCCUCAGUGUCGGACUCUCCAUUCGGUUUGUUGACGGGCGAGCUUAAGAUCAACGUGCCAAGAAAUAGAAAUUGCAAAAUCGAUUUCAACAUGUCUAACACUGUGAUCAAGGUUUCAGACACUAAGUUCAUGGAAUCCAAGCGGUCUCCAGUUAGAACUGUUAUUGUCUACAAUGAAGACAAGUACGAAAAUAAGAGUUCAUCCGUCAUUGGUGCAGGCGUUCCUGAAGGAUUUUCCAGGGAUUCCAAGGGAAAUUCCGUCUUCAAGGAUAUGGACGGUAUCAGUCAAUUGCAAUUGAACAAACUCAACUGGGACAAGCCUUAUCAUAUUGGGUUCCAGUGGGUGCCUGAGAUUGUGGAGAGCGAAAGCGUAUGGUCUGAAAAAAUCAGAACCAAAAAGUUGGGAGUCAACAUCGAGUGCUAUUGGGGAGACUUGGACCAGUUGGCAGAGAAGGACAAGGCCGGAAAUCCCGUUGUUCAAGACCGCGUGCCUGCUUUUGAAGAGCUUUUGCAUUAUUCCCCAAGUUAUGUGAGUUGGGCGAACAGGGAUAGAGGCAUGGUUUCUGUAACAAAGUAUAUUGAGGUUUGA